AUGACGGCGAGUUACACCAUUAGUAUCGCAUUCCUUUUUAUGCUGAUUCAUAUAUUCAUUGAAACAAUCUGUCAACAAUGCAUCAAUGGUGGGUCAGAGGAAUCCAUCUUGGGUUGGAAGCUGCAAAAUCACGUCUACAAGACGCUAAAGGCAAACUUUGGAUAUGAGUGCGUACUUAUUUGUCGUCAGGACAGCAGGUGCCAAAGUUUCAAUUGGGUGAUCUCUCUUGACAUGUGUGAGUUCAGCGACAGAACCAAAGAAGCCAGACCUAAGGAUUUUGUUCCCGAUCCAGACAGAUAUUACUACAGGCGAGACAUGAAUCGAGGUGAAGUUUAUGUUAUUAAGAUCAUUCUCUCAGUAUUGACAGAAGUUUUAAAGGACCCCAGUGCAAUUUUCGUGGCGUCAUACCCGGAGACAUCUAAAUUUCAGUCAUCAUUUCCAAGGAAUAUUUACGGCGUUAAUUUGUUAGAAAAAUUGACAAAUUAACUGAUCAAUAUAAAACAGACAACAAAAAGGCUGUGCGUUUUAAGAAAGAGGUACUAUGUAAGCGCAAACUUUCAUGUCCAGCCAUAAAAUAACUUGAAAAUGACAACAUUUUGCGCGAUUGAGACCUUUGUAACGAAAAUUAAUUAUCGGCAUCCCUAUUAUUGGGUGUUUCUUCAGUGCCGCGGAAACCAUUCUUGGUUCGCUUCUGUGGUUAGUGUCUAAUCAUUCGUUUGUAUAGUAUUACGUCACUAAGUGAUUGCACCAAUCCGCAACGCCAAGAAACCACCUUAUUUGGCAGGUUAUUCUAAAAGAAAAAUUUGUGUGUUUACUUUUAGUCUUGCCGGGAAAAGCUUUAUUAAAACUUCUCCUCAAUGUUUGUAGUUUUAUAUUUUGUUAAAAAUCGGUGCCGCUGCUGCUGUCCCGCGAUAAGAUACUCCGGCCAGUCGUCUACUUCGUCUCUCACAUUAUGAUCAUUCAUGGUUUUAAUAGCGGAGCACUAUGCGUAUGAAAAAAUUGUAAAUCUUAAUUAAUGUUUACAUUGACGUGGAUAACAGAGAAAGUGCUAAAAAUGAAAAACAAAGAAGACGAAUUUCGUUGAAAGGACAACAUGAACAUUAUGUAGUGCGGUGAGAAGAUGAGAAAUGCUAGCGACCUGAGUAAGGUGAAAAUGAGCAGCAGUGAAGAAAAAAGAAAAUUAAGCAAAAAAUUAUUUGUGAACACAUACGAAAUUUCCUCCAUGAAACGUGUAACUAGGAAGGUUCAACAACGGCAAAAAUGUAGAAGCAAGUAUACUGCACGUGCAAAGUCGUUGCCGUCGCCGUUGCAUUGUAUUUUGAUAAAUGCAGUCUACUUUCUUUUGUUUAAACGCAAUAACAUUUCACAAAUUUGACAUUUUAAUAGUUUAUGUGAGAAUGACUCAAGAGGUUUGCUUGUAGAUUAUUUUUCCCGUAAAUCAGCUAGUCCUUCCACUGUAUCAAAUGUUAAGCACAGAAUUGAAAAGUUUCUUCACAGUGGUUUCAAGUUUUUUUUUUUUUUUCCGUUUGAGUAAAUUAUAAGUUUCUCUCUACGAGAGCUUCGUUUUUGCCUUGCCUAAAUCUAUAUAUUAGAGUUAUAUUACCUCUCAAGCCCUAAGAACAAGUUCAGUUCCCUCGAACGGACCAGUUUCUUCAUUCCAUGGUCCUCUACAGUAGAUAGCCGACAAUUUUCGUGCAUCGAGGCGAGUAGAUGUGGCCUAACUUAAACAGUGCUCCAGUACAACUUGUCGCUAAUUAUUGAUUAUUUUCAACAUCGUUUGUGCAUGUAUAUUAAGGGCACUAUAGAAUUCCUUGAAGGAACUUCACCAAACGUGCAUGUUAUUGAUGUCUCAAAGUUUCUAGCAAUGAUCAUCGAUUCGAUGCUGACAAUUUAAUUUCAGAAUAACCAUUAGAUAAUUAAUGGAACAUUUUACUCUUUAGUUCCCCUUGGAUCCACUCCUGAGCUUCCAGCUGAAACAUGUAAAGAAAUCAAAGCAAGUGAAGGGGAGGCAGAGAGCAAGAAGUACUGGCUGAGUACCAUUAAACCUGGUAUUCCUUUGCUCGCUUAUUGCGAUAUGAAGACUGAAGGUAAAUAU